AAAUGUUUAUGAUCGGAACUGUCUGUUGGUUACAAAAAAUGUAAUCGUUUCAAGUACAUAAAACUAUUUUAAGAUGUCCGAAUCAAGUAAAAUAUUUGUAAGUUACAGGGCUUUGGGUUAUGUUAGCAAUGACGUCCCACUUUCGCUCAGGUAUAUACUUCGAAGGAAUGAAAAUUUAGUCGUUACCGCUGUCGGUAAAUCGUUUCACACUUAUGGGUGUUCCAAGCUGAAUCUGUUGAGUGUCAGUGGCCAACACCCAGAAGAAAUCUCAUGCCUGACAUCUGAUGCGUAUUUGGUGUUCACUGCUUGCAAAAAUAUUGUCUAUGCUUGGCGCAGAGGAACUGAGUUAAAGCAUCUGUAUAAGAGACCCCUUCAGCGAAAUGUGCAGCUCAUGCUUCCUUUCGGAGUUCACCUCAUUGUCAUUUAUGAGGAUAGCACCCUUCUCUUGUGGGAUAUCAAAGCGGAAGUUUCAACCCUGGAGAUACCAUUUUCAAAUUUUCACAUAACGGCACUAGCUCAUCCAAGCACUUAUUUGAAUAAAGUGUUGUUGGGGAGCCAUGAAGGCAGCCUCCAGCUGUGGAAUCUCCGAACCAACAAGCUGGUGUAUCUAUUUCAAGGAUGGAAUUCAGCUGUUGUAUCUUUAGAGCAGGCUCCCGCUGUCAAUGUUGUGGCAAUCGGGCUGGAGAACGGUGAAAUUUAUAUUCAUAACCUAAAGUUUGAUGAGACGAUAAUGAAAUUUUCACAAGACUGGGGUGCUGUGACAGCACUCUCCUUCAGAACAGAUGGUCAUCCGUUCAUGGCUUCUGCUAGCACAAUGGGCCAUGUGGCUGUCUGGGAUCUGGAGAAGAAGAGACUCCACAGCGAAAUACGAGACGCACACAAGGGAGCCAUCUCGGGCAUGAAAUUUCUCCCCAACGAACCUCUUUUAGUGACUAACUCGUGCGACAACUCUAUCAAGAUGUGGAUUUUUGAUCUACCUGAUGAAGGAGGGAGACUUUUAAGGCUACGUGAAGGGCAUAGCAGCCCACCCUUGAAGAUUCGGUUCUAUGGAUCCAAUGGGAAGCAGGUUCUGAGUGCAGGUUUAGAUUCGACGCUUCGCUCUUUCUCGACGGAAGCAGACAAUCUCAACAAGAGUUUGGGUCAGGCAUCUUUCCUCCGAAAAGCCGCUAAAAAGAAGGGAGUAGCGAAUGACACCAGAAAAAUGUCGCCAGUUGUGGAUUUUUCCUCUGAAGCGACUCGUGAAAAACAGUGGGACAAUGUAGCUGCCAUCCAUCGCCAUUCCAAAUUAGUGACAACCUGGUCGUACGAACUCUGUAAAAUGGGGGAACACAAGCUGUUGCAUGAAGACUUCAAGGGCGACAAAAGUGUUGAAGCAACGUGUCUCAACAUCAGUUCCUGUGGAAACUUUGUUGUGAUUGGUUAUAGCAAUGGCCAUCUGCACAAAUUCAAUAUGCAGUCUGGAAUUUUUAGAGGCUCAUAUGGAGAUCAUACUGCUCACGAUGGAUGUAUCAGAGGGGUUGUGUUAGAUGGAUUCAAUCACUCUGUGGUUUCUGGUGGCAGUGACAGAUUCCUGAAGUUCUGGAAGUUCACAGAUCGAAAUCUAGUAAAGGUUCUCAAAUUAGAGCAUAGUGUGGCUAAACUGAUCAUGCACAGAGAAAGUGGCAUGAUUGCUGUUGCUCUGGAUAACUUUUCUGUCAUCAUCGUCGAUCACGACUCUAAAAAUGUGGUGAGGAUUUUUGAUGAUCACGAAAGUGCAAUCUCUGAUCUGACGUUCAGUCCCGAUUCAAGAUGGUUGAUAGUUGCCACCAUGGAUUCCUCCAUCAAGACUUGGGAUUUACCUUCUGGAAGGUUGAUUGACUGGUUCUUGUUGUCUCCCAUUUGCACGAGCCUCACCAUGUCGCCCACCGGAGAGUACUUGGCCACUGCUCAUGCAGGAAAGGUGGGGGUGUACUUGUGGGCCAAUGCCACCCUCUAUUCCAAUGUCUCCCUUCGACCGUUAAGAGAAGAACACGAACCGGCAUCUAUCGAUCUCCCAGUCGUUACUCUGGAAGGGAAAGAGGCUGACACCACUGGUGAUGAAAUCGAUCCUGUUCCCGAAGAAGUAGUGGAUUUUCCCGAAUUUAAAUCUCCGGAGCAGAUAUCGGACGAGCUGGUUACUCUCUCCAUGCUGCCCAAAUCUCAUUGGCUGAAUUUACUUGACCUGGAUGUCAUAAAGCGGCGCAAUAAACCAAAGGAACCCGUGAAAGUGCCCAAAAACGCUCCAUUUUUUCUGCCUGUGAUAUCUGGCCUCAAACCGACCUUCUUCAUUGAAGAGAAAAAGGACUGGAAAGGCGAGAGUGACAAAUCGAAAGUGCUUCAGGUGAUGCAACAUGGCUCAGAAUUUUUUAGGAUUCUAGAAGAGAGUGCUCGAACUGAAAAAUAUAUGCCUGUCAUGGAGAGUUUGAAAACUUUUGCGCCUUCCAAAAUAGACGUCGAAAUAAGAUGCCUCAGUCCCGAAAAUGGGGGCUCCGUACAGCUCAUGGAAUGCUUUUUAAAAGCCAUGUACGAGGUUAUGAAAACGAACAGCCAUUUUGAACUUGUUCACUCCUAUUUAGCCCUAUUUUUACAGGUUCAUUGCGAUGUAGUUGCUUCCGAAGAAAAGCUUGUAUCGUUGCUUCAGGAAAUUGGGAAAGUGAAAGCUUGGGAUACAUUACAAGAAAAAAUUAACUACUGCCUCUGUGUUGGGCACUAUACCAGAAGUGCUGUUCUCUGA